UCAACUCAGCACCCACCGCAAUCUACGACAGGGCCAUCUACGGCGACCCGAGGGUCCUCGCCAAUCUCCUCUUCCUCGAGCCCAAGUACACCCCCAAGAGAUGCUUCGGGACUGUACAGAAACUCGUCGAGCCAUACAUGAGGAAGAUCAUCACCACUUGGAUGUUGGAGGUAUCCGAAGAACAUGGGUGUGAAGAACAAGUGUUUCCAAUGGCUAUAAAUUUUUUGGAUAGAUUCCUUGCUGCAUGCCCAAUUAAACCCAAUCAACUACAACUUUCUGCAACUGUAAGCCUUCUUCUUGCCUCAAAAGUUAGAAUGUGUACUCCUCUUUCUGUUUAUUUGUUGUCUAUGUUCACGGAUCGUAGCAUCACUCCAAAACAGAUAAAGGAUUGGGAACUACUCUUUCUAUCCAAGUUGCAGUGGGAAGUUUGUGGUGUUACUGGUUGUGAUUUUAUUGAUCAUAUAUUGGAGGGGACUAAUUUAGUAGGAACUUGCAAUAUGCUAAGACCUCAUACUAUCACACUUUUAUCACUUGCAUACACAGAAUCUGAUCUUGCCUCCAUUCGCGGUUCUGUUUUGGCUUGUGCGGCAUUAGUGUCAGCAGCAAGAGGUCUUCGAAUGAAACCUGACGUAUUAAAUGAUGUUUGUACCUUGAUCAAAUGUGAUCCUAAUGACGUGGAAUCAAUUGUAGCACGUAUUGAAGUAAUCCUAUCUGAAUGUGCAGUUCAUCAGACAUAUUCAGAUUCGAAUUCUCUUUGUUUAUAG